GCCUCAGCCUAAGGGAAAAAGCCGUCCGGGCCGAGGAAAAUGCCGACGCUCUCCGUCAUGCAGGCCUCGCCGGCCGACGCGGCCGGGGGAUUCAGCUUCCACAACUGCGCCCGGAAUUCCCAGCUCGAAGCAGAGGGCACCAAGAAGGGCCUGCGACUUCCGACAGCCCGCAAAACGGGCACCACCAUUGCCGGGGUGGUGUUUAAGGACGGGAUCGUACUGGGAGCGGAUACGAGAGCCACCGAAGGGAUGAUUGUCGCCGACAAGAACUGUUCCAAAAUACACUAUAUCUCUCCGAACAUUUACUGUUGCGGGGCUGGGACGGCUGCGGACACGGAAAUGACCACCCAGCUCAUCUCCUCCAACAUGGAGCUCCAUUCGCUCUCGACCGGGCGACUUCCCAGGGUGGUGACGGCCAACCGGAUGCUGAAGCAGAUGCUUUUCAGGUAUCAAGGUUACAUCGGCGCAGCCCUGGUUCUGGGCGGGGUGGACGUCACCGGAGCCCAUCUUUACAGCAUCUAUCCCCACGGAUCGACUGACAAGCUGCCUUACGUCACGAUGGGUUCAGGUUCAUUGGCAGCCAUGGCAGUUUUUGAAGACAAAUUCAAGCCCGACAUGGAGGAGGAAGAGGCCCGGCAGCUGGUGAGAGACGCCAUUGCGGCGGGCAUCUACAACGACCUGGGCUCCGGCAGCAACAUUGACCUGUGCGUCCUCAGCAAGAACAAGCUGGACUUCCUCCGCCCGUACGACACGCCCAACCAAAAAGGGAAAAGGCAAGGGCGCUACAGCUGCGAGAGGGGAACGACCGGCGUGCUCUACACCAAAGUAACGCCCCUGGAUCUGGAAGUGGCCGAAGAGGCGGUGCAGACCAUGGAUACGUCUUGACUCGCCGGAAACCUCCGGGCGGCGGAAGGCGAUUGAGGAGCUUCCCGUCGGGAGUUCCGUAUCUGUAUGCCGGCAUCGGCGUUCCGGGUGCCGAUUUAAUAAAAAAAACCUAUACCAAUCGA